AUGAAACUUGGAUGCUGCUUCUUCCUCUAUUACUCCUUCGCAGUUGCCACAUCUUCGCUUCAGCUCUCCAAAUGCGGCAAGGGCACUGCAGACGACACCUGCGAACAGGCACCACCAUUUUUGCUGGCCGCAUGUCAAAAUGAAGAGUUCCAUGGUUUCGAUACCUGUAUGGAAACUUCUCCGUGGUUUGCCAAUGCAUGCAUCGUCACGGGAAGUACCUGCCGUUUGUUUCGUUCUGAUGACAGCUGGUUGCAACUCGCCAGUGACACUGUGGGAUCUGCCGCGGAGCAUGUGUAUUACUCGAUGGCAGUCCUCCCUGUGGUAUUACCGUUUGUAUCGCUUAUCCUUUGGCUGCCAUUAUGCUGGCUACUGUCCUGUGUGUUGCCGCGAGCAACACCGAAAGGCGGCUGGCGGCGAAAGGUAGAGGAGCGCCUUGAUUCGAUUGAGGCAGAAAUGGCAGAGGGCAGGUUCAGACCUAGCAGAUAUUCACUAGGGUCACUCUACGUGGAAUUCUUGCUGCUUGUCAUGGACAUGUUCUCUGAUAUCAACUGCAUUGUCACUUUCUUCGCGAUUGAAAACCAUCCAGCUGCGGGCAUAUUUCAGACAGUCGUCUUGGUUUUGCCGGUUCUAUUGGAGCUUUGUCAGACGCGGCCCUUCCAGCCUGUCGUUCUCUGGAAGGAAUUCAACAAGUCACGAAGGCGGGGAUAUCGCACCGCUGGCUUCAUUCGCAUCGUCCUGGCGGAGAAGGGCUUGGAAGCACCACUGUCGUGUGGCUUCCAGCUGUCCAUCCUUUAUCGAAACAUGAGCCCGCGAGCGUUUCUGAGUUGUUGGCUGUCUAUAUCUCUCAGUGCCCUUUCUACUGCCCACUGCGCGUACGAAAACUUCCACCUUGGCAUGAUCGACAUCAUACAGCCAAAGCAAAAGAGGCAUUGCGGCGGUGACGACGGAGGUCAACGCACCCGAAUGUGCCCAAUGUGCUUGGGCCGUGUACCCGACACAGAGUGA